AAUUUGUAUACAUUUUUCUUUUAAGUAUUUAAAAAUAUCAAUCUUUCAAAUUCAUUCAUUCAUGAAGCAUGAGAUCCUAUACAGGCUACAGCGCACAAAGUAUCCUUUGCGAACACCUGCAGAUUCCUUUUUGGAAGUUUGUAUUGGCAUUCGUUCGCUGAAAUUAACAUUGUUCUUUUACACAUUCGUAACUCACGUUGUUAAUGCACCAUUAUGAACGCCGAAUUUAACACGGAAUUGUUAAUUUCUCUAGUAGAAUAUAGACCUAUCUUAUGGGACAAGGCCCAUAUCUUUUAUAAAGAUAAAACAGGAGCAAAGAAAGCCUGGAGAGAAGUCUGUACAGAGUUGAAUUCGGAUUUUGCGAAAUUACAAGAUGAAGACAAAAAUAGAUUUAUUAAAGAAGUAAUGAAAAAAUGGAGCAGCGUACGAGACAACUUUUUACAAUUUUGUAAAAAAGAAAAUGAAAACAAACAAAAUUAUGCUGGGGGUUCUAUAAAAAGGAAGUACGUUUACGGCGAUCAACUGAAGUUUUUGAAAACAUUUUUCACUUCAAGGGAUCUAGAAGAUAAUAUUGCAAAAGACGGAGGUAGGGAAAAAGUAUACACUUCAAGGGAUGUAGAGACAAAUAUUGCAAAAGACGAAGACAGGAAAAAAUUAUACACUUCAAGGGAUGUAGAAGCAAAUAUUGCAAAAGACGAAGAUAGGGAAAAAGAUAGGUCGGAAACCGAAGGUGACAUUGACACACAGAUCGCAACAAAGGCUCAAACCAGAAGUGCUGGCCAGAAUUUGGGUUGUCCUACCAAAAAACGUCAGAAGUCCGAGACAUCAGAGCUGAAGGCGUUGAAAGCCACAGAAGAUGCUCAGCGAAACAGAAUCUCAUAUUUCAUGAACAGUGUGAUGCCAACGUUGGAAAAGUUUGAUGAACACGAAGUCCUGAAGUUCCAAACAGGGGUGUUACAUCAAAUCACACAAAUACAUGAACAAAGACGAAGAUGCUCUAACCCUCCUUCAGAUCCUCAGCCUGCGACAUCAACACAACCCCAAAUUUGCGUUUUGCCCCCGCAAAACUUCCAGUACUAUCAAAAUUUUGGGUAUCCCACCAGUUCAAAUUCCAUUGUAAUGUUGAAUCGACCUAUGGAAACCAACCCAAUCUACUUUAUACCUUAACACCACAAUUGAUUUUUCGACCCUGAGGCCAAUUUUUUCACUUAACGAGUUUAUAUUGUAAGAUGUCACAUAAAGCAACUUAAAA